AUGACCAUUGACGUUGAGAAGAAGCUGACUAUGUCGCUGGACGACAUCGUGGCUGCUGAAAAGCCCAAGCGUUCCGCUCGGACUCCUACUACUACUGGUGGUGCUCCUGCUGGUGCUGGCAAGAAGACUUCUGGACCUAUUCGCAAAGGACGUGGUGCUACUAUGAAGGUCGCCGCUCAGCCCUACAACAGGUCUUCGGGUAACUACAAUCGUGGUCAAUGGCAAGGACAACAACAACAGUCUUCGUAUGGAAGUGGUGGGAAGAGUACCUGGCAGCAACAGCAGAGUGGUGGUGGCGGUUCGGGGUAUCGCAAUAGUCAGGGCAGCUAUUAUGGGAGUACCUCGAACAACAACAACAAGAGUUGGGGUGGCUCUUGGGGCGGUAACUGGAGUGAUAACAGAGGGGGCAACAAUCAGUCUUGGAAUCAACAUGAUAAUCGUGGUAACGACUACAAUGACAACAACAACAAGAACACCAACAACAAGAACGGCUCUUACUAUGCUAGAAAUGAUACUGGUUAUAGACAGCAGCAACAGCAGCAGCAGAACAACAAUAACGCCGUAACUCCUCAGCAACAGUCCAGAGGUGGCGGAGUCGGUGGCAGAAGAAGAGUGGUGGUGACCAACAUCCCUUACGACCUCACUUGGCGCGAGAUCAAGCAAGCCUUUUCGAGUGUGGGGACCGUCGUCCAUUGUGAAGUUGACUCAUCUGGACCAAAGGGCGCUAGCGCCAAUCUAACUUUCUCUGACCCCAGUGGUGCCAGGCAGGCAGUUGAGCUCUACGACGGUGGCGAUAUGAAUGGCCGAAGGAUUCACGUCAACUACGCCUAA